ACACACACACUCUCUCUCUCGCUCUCUCUCUCUCUUUCGUUUUCUCACUCUGAAACUUUCUCGGACACCCAUUUUCUAGUUAUGCUGAACUCCGAGUUUUUGUUUUUCUUUUUCCGUUUUGCAUGUUCAUGGAUUGAAUUGAACCACUAAACUUCUGAUGAUUUUCUUCUUCGCUGAAUAAAUACCUAAUUGCUCAAAGUUCGUGUGUAUAAAAAGCUCCCAACUUGGAAAAGUGAGAUACUUCCUAGAACUUCAGAAACCCAAAAAAAAAAAAAAAGUUUCCGAAACUAACAGAGAGACAAGGAAAGAAGAGAUUUUUCGUAACUGCGUCGGUCGUUAUUUAACCGUAAACCGACUCUUCAAUAAGCUUCGGUGAUUUUGGGAAGUGGGUUUUGGAGAUUUUGGCUUAAGAAAGAACUUCCAUAGAUGAUUGUGAGCUCUCUUUGUAAUGCAGGAACUAAAUUCUCGGGGGAAGAAGGGAUAGAUGUGAGAAAGAUGACAGAACAAAAAAGGAGCCCCUGCUCUGUCGACCAAAGCAGCUUCACCUCUCUUGCAUCCAAGCGACAUAAGCCGGAUUUAUCUAUCUCCACUAAGGAGAGAAAAGAGAACCUCGGGGCAAAGAUUGUAGCUCUACAACAGUUGGUGUCACCAUAUGGAAAGACUGAUACAGCUUCUGUCCUUCUGGAGGCAAUGGAAUACAUACAAUUCCUUCAUGAACAAGUUAAGGUGUUAAGUGCUCCAUACCUCCAAAGCACACCCACAAAUAAGAUGCAGGAACUAGAGCCGUACAGCUUGAGAAGCAGGGGUUUGUGUCUUGUUCCUGUGUCAUCUACUCUUGGAGUUGCUCGUAGUAAUGGUGCAGAUAUCUGGGCACCCAUUAAAACUACGACUUCUCCAAAGUUUGACAAAUCUUCUAUCUCACAAUUUCAUUAAUAAUAUAGUAUACCAAUAAUUGGACACCAACGAAAGGGAGAAAGGGGUCUUGGUGGUGCUAGUUUGGUGGUAUAGUAAGUGGUAACCAAAUGGAUUACUUGGAAGAAAGAAAAGGUGGUGGACCAAAAUUCAGUGUAAUGCACAACAAAGUUUUGUCAGGCAGAUGUGAAUCGGCAUUGAUGAUUUUAGCAGAAUUGCUAUUCCAGCGUAAUUCUUAGUAUCAGAAAGUCAUAUUUGAACUGUAUGGGCAUGCAGGGUCCCACACCAUUCCGGUUUUAAACUGGUUGUGGGACUAGUUUCGUGCAUGAUAUAUAUUUCAUUUGUACUCUCUCUCUAUAUUAAAUCAGCAAAUGUUUAUAUUUACAAAAA